AUGCCAGGAGGCAUCGCCUUGUCCUCAGCAUCCGAAUACAACCACGAGAAAUUGCAUGUGACCGUCCGUGUCGACGAACUCCUACCAACGUACGAAACCGCCGAGAUGGGUGACCCCGAUUUUGACAUUGACUUCUACGGCGACACCGAUGGCGACGCCAACGACCAGCCUCGUCAGGAUGAACGCCGCCAUAGUGGCGGCCAUUCGCGAGAUGACUACGACUAUCACAGUCGAGACCACAGAAGAGACGACGAGCAUGAAGACGACCGCCGCUACGACAGCGGCCGUAGUGACGAUGCCGAAGAGGCUCCACAUCACCACGGUGUAAAGAGAAAAUCGGAGGAGCAAGACCACAACGACCGGCCUGUCGAUAGCGGCGCUACGGCAGCCAUUAUGAUUUCAGAGCUCAGUUGGUGGAUGACGGAUGAUGAUAUCCGAGGUUGGCUUCGAAAGGCCGGCUGCGAGAGAGAUAUCAAGGAGCUCACCUUUAGCGAGCACAAGGUCAAUGGAAAGAGUAAAGGCCAAGCCUAUAUCGAGUUCCACACCCGCCAAGCUUCCACCGCCGCCAAGCGUCAUAUCGAUACCGUUGCGAUGGACAGUGUACAACCUGGCCAGAAGAGGAUGACAAUCUCCUACUGGAACCCGGGCGUCAACCCCUUCCGGACCUUGCCCAAGGACGCACCGGCCCGCGUUAAGGAGCAGCCGCGAGCCGCUCCCUCUGGAUCCUACAACGAGCGAGGCAACUACGGAGGCUUCCGCGGCCGAGGAGGCAUGGGUGGAAGCCGCGGCGGCAUGAACCCCAACUUCAACCGAAACUACGGCGGAAACAUGGGCUAUAAUAACAACAACAACAACAUGGGAGGAGGAGGCGGCGGCGGCGGCUACAACGGCCCAAUGGGCGGCGGUCCUGGUGGAGGCGGCAGCCACUACGUUUUUGGCGGCCGAAGUAACCCUGGAGGCAACAUGAGGGGCGGCCAGAACAUGAUCCGGGGCAGAGGAGGAGGCGGCGGCGGUAUGAUGGGCAUGAACAUGGGAGGCAUGGGCAUGGGCAUGCCUGGCAAUAUGGGCAUGGGAAUGAUGGGUAACGGAAUGCCAGCUCUCCCAGACGUGGACAUGGCCAAUCAAGAGCCAGAAGAGCCAGAAGGGCCAGAAGGGCCAGAAGAGCAGCCAACCCAAGAGCCACAGCUUCAAGAGCCACAGCCUCAAGAGUCACAGCUUCAAGAACAACAACUUCAAGAGCAACAACUCCAAGAGCAGCAACUCCAGGAGGCACAUGAAGUAGCCCAAUAUCUAGUGAAGCUCAAAGAAAGUGUCCAAGAAGAGGAUGUCGAUGCUGAAGGAAGCAGCAUUCUUGAGGAGAGCUAUGAUGACAAGGGCAAAGAAGUGAAAGAGGGUGCCGAGACGAAAGAACAACCUCAGCAAGUGCAUCAAGAGCCGCAAGUGCCUCAAGAGCAGAACCCUCAAGUGAGCUCAGGCCAAGUGGCAGAUGCCAGUUCAGCCGCCAGUGCAGCCGCGGCUUCAUCUUCGGCAUCCCAGCUUCAACAGCAGUAUCAGCAAUAUUACCGAGCCGCUGCCGCUGCCGCUGGAGGUCAAGAUCCUCGCCUCCUUUGGGGCUGCGCCAUCCAUGGCACUCGGGGGCUGCGCUGCAUGGCUUGCGAUAUUGAAUACUGGCGUCACUACCUCUUCUUUGUCAGCGGCUACCGUUACCAUGGUCGCGUUCCACCACCGCCAAUUCCCAUCUUUCCAAUGCCACUUCACCGGCCCAGCUUCCAGGGCAUGCCUCCCAACUUCCCAGGCGGAUUUGGCUUUGGACAACAAGGCGGCGGCGGCGGCGGCGGCGGAGGUGGUGGUAAUGAUGGCAACUGGGGCAACCCUCACGGUGCAAAGCGACCUCGUCCCGAGUAA